UUCGGUUCCGGUACAAAAACGAAAAUACAGAGCAAAAAUUGGAGUUCGUCCAAAAAAUUUUAGUUUUGAAGAUGGUUUGUAUGAUAUAGUUACUGAAAAAGUGCGUUUGGUUCCAACAGUGACAUCAAUGUGUCGUGUUGAUGAUUCUGUCGAAGUUGGUGAUUCAGUGUUGGUGAUUAAGACGCCUAUUGGUGAUGAUGGCGAAGGAUAUGAACUUGUGUGUGUUGGUGAUGGUGAUAGUGUUUCAGACUCUGAUAGAUACCAGUUUGGAGAUCAUAGAUUCACAUGUGAUACAAGUAUGGUCAGCGCCGGGUGGCAUGACGCGACUACCGUGCGACCUGGCAGCGCCUGUCAGCGAAGUCGCGCUAAUGUUCUGGUUCAGAGAAGGGGACAGGAUGCCUAUUUAUACCGUGGACUUCAGAAACGGCCCACCAGUCCACUGGGCUGUAGCCGGAGAGUUCGGAGCACGCACCCACUUCGUGCUCAACGAGUCUGAUCCAUCAUCAGCUCACUUGGUGGUGGAGAAGGUGGCUCGCCAGGAUGAGGGCGUGUAUAGGUGCAGGAUAGACUAUGUCGAUGCGCCGACCAGAAAUUAUAGGGUUAAUUUGACUGUUAUAGUUCCCCCAGAAGCACCUCGGAUAUACGAUUACGAGGGUACAGAGAUUCUGGGGUCAAUAGCUGGACCUUUCAGAGAAGGACAAAAUAUCCUUCUCUCCUGUCAAGCAGCUGGAGGCAAACCUCCCCCUGACGUGUCAUGGUACAGGGGCGAAGAGAGGUUGGCCUACACAAAGGAGGGUUCCGUAUCGCAGUUGCACCUGCCCAAUUUGUCCAGGGAGAUGACUGGCACCAAGCUGCAGUGCAGGGUUGAACCCCCGCUGCUGCAGACACAGUCCAGAGAAGUUACUAUACGGUUGUAUUUAAAACCACAAUACAUACGAGUGACUGGCAGUGGUUCAACAAGAGCAGGCAUGGACAAAUCAUUUGUCUGCACUACACGGGGUUCGAAGCCAGCUCCAAACAUUGAGUGGUUCAUUAACUCACAACUAGUGGAUUCCACAUUGACACAGGUGGAAGUAGAUGGAGAAAUUACAAAGAGUGUCUUGACAUGGCAUGUGCGUCGAGAAGAUAGUGGGAGACAGUUGACCUGCCGCGUCUCCAAUCCUUGGUUCCCAGCGCAUACGCUAGAAGACUCUGUCACUUUGGAUGUUAUGUAUCCACCAGUAACACAAAUAUCGCUGAUAGAACCAAAAGAACCUCGUCUACUGCGAGAAGACGAGAAUGCUGAACUCCUGUGUUCAGCUGAUGCAUCACCACCGGCUGUCAACUUUACUUUUUAUAGAGGAUCUGAGGUCCACUUGAUCCGCGACGAUCCAAUCGGAGGUCUUUCGAUAGAGAACAACAGACUAGUCAUCAGAGGUUUGAGAAGACAUCACUCGACCGUAUACCGGUGUCGAGCUAGGAAUGCUGAAGGGAGUGCCUUGAGUGACCCUCUCACCUUGAACGUUUUGUCUCGACCAGAAUGUGCAGCAGGCAACGUAGUACAACAGCUGGCUGGUGCCCCAGGGGGGGAAGUGAGGGCAAGGUGUUCAGUCUCAGCACCUUCCAGCAGAGACGCUGGCCCACUGCGGUUUUACUGGACUUAUAAUGGGACUAAGGAUGUUCUGCCGAUACCAGCAGCUAACGUGACAGUAAUGGGUUCUACAAGCACAGUCAUCCAUGGUCUACAUUCAGAUAUUGAGGAAGACCUGGGCUGGCUUGCGUGUUGGGCCAGCAAUGAUGUGGGGAAUCAGCGGGAGCCGUGUCUGUUCAGGAUAUUGCCUGCUGCGCUUCCUGAACCACCCAGCAACUGCGAGAUAGAGAACGAUCUCCUGCACUGCGAGCCAGGACACGACGGUGGUCUUCCGCAGCGGUUUCUCCUCGAAGCUUUGGAGGUACGACACCGUGCUGAAACGCCUCAUGAGGACAAUGAGAUCUCCACAAUGAAUGAUCAGGGGAUCUCUGCUUUCGGCCUGACUGAAGCGGUUUACCGGGUCAGGAAUGACAAGCCUCAAUUCGCUUUAGAUGCUCUUUCUCCUGGAAAGUAUACAUUGCUGGUGUACGCUGAAACGCCUCGAGGAAGAUCACAAAGACCUGCAGCAUUGCACAGCGUGCGGAUACGAACUGCUGAUGAUUUGGAUAGACCAGGGUCUCUCCAAACCAUGACACCAGCGCCACCUCCUCAGCCGCAGCCCUCGGAUAACAGCGUGGCGUUACUGGUUGGAGCUGCAUUAUCCCUGGUGCUGCUAACUAUAUUGACGACAUUGUGUGUGGCUAUGAUUGUCAUGUGCAAGAAGAAGAGUAGGCCUAGGGAUCCGGAGCAGAGCACCAUACUAAGAAGAAACGUAGGAGUAUCAAUGUACGGUGGUAGUUCUACACUAUCAUCGAGCGUAGUUCCGACAGUGGUGGUCAGAGGCCACAGAGGAUCCAGGGUCUUAGCUGCCAGAUGGUCAGGGGUCCUUGACGAUGCCCCCCUAGCUGUGCUGGCUCUGGACACAAGACCCCAUGGUGAUUCAGAUUCAAACAGAAGUGAGGACGAAAUACAAGAGACUGAAUUGACGAGAAACGAAUUAGAAACGCAUACUUAACGUAUUAUUAAAACAAUGUUCUUAAAAUCAUGAGGAAGUAAACAUCGAAAAAUCACUUCAAUAUAAAAAUACGAAAACAAUUCACCAAACAAGUUAGAAAGAAAUAUGAAAUUCUCUUUUUUCUAAAACGUUUUUCUUUCUUUCUUUUCUUUCUUUCUUUUUUUGUGUAGUGACAAUCUAUUGAACUGCUAAACUAGUUCAAAUCACCAAUCGAUGUCGUGUCGUUGCACGUACAAAUUAAAAAAAGGCUAUUAUUAUUUUAACAGUAAUCUGAAAACAACAAACGUCUAAUAGUGAAGAAGAAACUAUGCCAUCACACGGACAAUAAUAGAAGUAUCACAACUACAUACCUAAAAGGAAAUAAUAAAUGCUGUCUUAAUAUUUAUUUCAUGAAAGAAAACAUUAGUGAUAAGACCAUAGCUAGCAUAAUGACUUAGAUAGCACACAUUAUGAUAAAUCGUGCGAGAUUUAUUAUUCUGAGGAAAUUUACUGCAUUAUGCACUCCCAGAGCACACGUAUGACGAUUUUUCAUAAGCUUACUGUAUGGUAUUACGGAUAUAUUUUACAGGCAAAUUAUAGUAGGAUUUCAAGUCCAUUUUCGGAAUAUCUACUUAAAUGUUAUGAAAAAUUGCGAGACUUUAAAUGAUUUGUGGUUUUAAAAUGUGCUUAUUUUAUAUUGCUUUUAUUUUAAAGAUUGAAAAAUACUGGGUUAUUAUUUUAAAUCUUAAUUUUAUUGGCUGAGUAUUUAAGUACUGAUUCGAAAAAAGUACUCUACUACAACUAUGCUUUGUUAUUCCGUUUAAAUCUACAGAUUAUUUUAUUCGAUACCGACACUGCAACAAACUAGAAAGUAUUAUAUUGCUACUUUUACAAGUUACAUAAGAUUAUGUAUGAAAAGCACGCCCACUUUCCAAAGUAGGUACUUAGACAACAUCUGUUCAUCAAAGAAUAAUAACUAUACUACAUUAUAACUAAAACGAUUAUACGUGAGCUCAUAACAAUGUGAUACCUCAUAAUAAUAUAUUUAGAAUAAUAAAUCGCCCACAUUUAUUACUCUGAACAAAGCCUUAUAAGUGAAUAUAAUAAUACGUCUUAUAAAUUUAAUAAGAAAGAGUAUCUUUUAUAAUAAUGAUAUUAUUAAAAUGUAAACUGUCGCGAAAUAGAGUAAUGCUAAAAUGAUUAUUCAAAAUGAUGUAUAGAAGACGAGAUUUAUUACAACUUUUAGUAACCCACAGACUGCAAACUUUAAGUCGGCCGACAUGACAGUUCGUUUGGGCUCACAAGUCAGUAUGGAAAGAAUGAUAGUACGCACAUUACAAAGAUCAGGUACGUACGAGUAUUUAGUCGAUAUCAGACCGACUGAAGCUUUUGAUUGAAUCACGAUUUUUUCUUAAAAAAAGAUUUUUUCAACCAUCCAGCCAACUGUCGGUCGACUGUUUAGUCUCCAGUGUGCUACUUUUAAGUACAUAAUUGAAAAUGAGUGAUACAUUUUAGAAAAUGAUUGAAUUUCAUAACAAUAUUCUUUUGUGUCGAAAAUUGAAAUAAUUUAUUUAAGUAAUGUUAUGAAAUUGCAUUUUUCAAAAGGAAUUUUUGUAUUGUAUAAAUGCGUUGUAUGCAUGACUCAGUAUUAUUUCGUAGUGAUAAAAUAUUUACUUGGAUUUGUAUAUAAAAUAAUUUAAAUUUUCUUUGUGUAAAAUGUUUGCUUAGAUGUUAUUGAUAUUCCAAGUUUUUUUAAUUGAUCCUUAAUGUCACGUUUAAUGUCCAAGGCGUUUUCGAAAACCUGUGGAAAAAUGCCUUGAUAUUUAAAAAAAAAAAAACAAUUUAUUAAGAAUUUUAUCUAUGAUAUUUAAAAUACCAUAAAAUGUGAUUUAAACAAAAAAUAUUGCUUGUAACUUUUGCCCAUUAGUUUUUUAGUUCUCCUUAAAAUUCGGUGUACGAGGAAGCAUGUAGAAUAUACCAAAUAUUGAAUAAUUACAGUUUUUAUAAAAAUAAAAUAAUUUAGCUGCCAUAUUUACAUAAUACGGGUAUUAAGAUGUAGACGUGUUAGAUAUUUCUUCCAUAAAUAUUAUAUUGUAUAAUUUAAUGUUAUAUCUAUGUAGAUGACAUAGUUUUGUAGUCACAUCUCACCGAUUUUUUACGUAUUUGUUUGUAUGAAAAGUUUUGGCAUCCCUUCUGUGAUAAGAUCCAAAAACAUUUUUUUUCAUAUAAUACAAACAAUCAUAGGUUCAUUUCGUUCAGGUAUUUAAAUAAUGACAAUAUCCCACGGCUAGGUAGCAGCCGCACCAAACAAUUGAUUAAAAUGGUUAAGCAACCCUUGGUUUGGCGCGGUCGUUUCGUAGAUGGAUACCAUAUAUUUCACUACAAAUUUCGUCAUGUCAGAAGGCACGAUAAAUAUUAGUUUUCUUUUUGCCUAAAAGAACGGUAAGUGUAACACAUAUUAUUUUUUUUUUUUAAUCACUGAAACAUUAUCAAGAACAUCACCCUUUAAAAUUCUGAACCAAUUAUAAUUUUUUUAUUAUAACGUCUAUAAAAAUCCCACAUUUCUAAAGUACUCACUCCAGUUAACAACAAACUGCAUUCGGCAACACUAGAUGGAAAUGUCAGUGUUCCGAGUACUGGACUCGGAACACUGACGGUAUCAAUUUGCUUAACAAACAAAGUAUCGGGUCCCGUGAUAACUGACAUCGGAUUGACUACUCUGUGUUUAACGGGAGUUAUAGAAGGGUGUGUAGCGGGGGUAUUAUCGCGUCUAACGGGGCUAUUAAUGCUUAAGUCUAUAUCGAAAGUUUUGUAGAUUUCUCGGGAUUAUGAUUGAGGUACAGGUAGAAAAAUACCUAGACAUAGAAAAUUUUCAAAAAUAGUUUUUUGUUGAUGUUCUUUUUUGCCUUUUAGUUUUUGAUAUUAUCAAAAAUUAUACUAUGUUACAUUUUAAAAUAAUUAUUUGAAAAUCCCUGAAAAAAAUAGAAGAAAAGGCUAAAAAAUAGAUUAAAGUUUUUAUUUAAAUUGAUCGUUAUUUCGACAUAUUUUAUUCGAGUAGCAUUGAUAACGGUUUCGCGGUUUUCGGGUUUUCGUCUUGAUUAUUUUGACGUAGAAUAUUUGAAAACUUACUUAAAAUGUGAUUAAUAGUAAGUUCUUUGAAUAAAAUAUUAUUUUGACAAAUGAUAUGCCAAAGCUUUCCAUACCUACUUUUAUUCAUAUUAUAUUUUAAAUCAACUAUGUAUAUAGUUUUAAGUUUUUAAGAGUACACAAUAUUAUAAUAAUGUAAGACCAAAGAAUAGAAACAAAGAUUUUGAAGUUACAACUAGACAACAUUGUACAAAAUAAAUGGUAAUUUUAAAGAUUUUUUUUUUUUCAUUUUUUUUUUAUUAAAAACUGAACAGGUGUUUUAAAUUGUAAAAUAUGCAUAUACGCAUUAUACUCAAUGGUGUAAAGUAAAUUUUAUGUAAACAGAAAUAGGUAUGGCAAUAUUCGGGCAAGUUAUUAAUUUAAUGAGAGUGUUCAGCACUUUAAAAAAAAUUGAUUUCUUCGGUUAUUUUUGAACUGUAGGUCAUACCAGUUCGGUUACUUAUGCCAUAUUAUUAUAAUUUAUUUCUAAAUACACAUGCAAAUUACACCUCUAUUUUACAUCUCUCUGAAGAUUUGCCUACUGAAUACUAUAAAAACAAAAUCAAAUGUAUACGUUUUAGUAUAACAUUGUACAGAAAAUAAAGAAAUAUAAACUUUAUAUUUUA